GUACUGUAGUGAUGCCAGGGGCAGUUGGGUCUGGCCCCGUAAGGAUGGGAGGAUCUGUGCCAGGCCGUGGUGGCAAAAGAAGAUCAGGCGGAAUGGACUUUGAUGACGAGGAUGGAGAGGGACCAAGCAAAUUUUCAAGGUAUGUCGAUGAUCAGAUACCUGGUGGGGAUAAGGAGAGAUAUGCCAGGUAGGCAUAGCCAACUGGACCCAUAGUGGAUACUCAGGAUGUACUGAAGUUCAAACCUGCCCUGACCUGAAGUGAAAUACAGUAUAACAACAACAAAUCAGGAUGGGGUUUAUGUCAAUCGUCAAAAUUUUACUCUUGUUAAAAAUGUUAUUUUCUUACCUGCAAUACAUCUGAUUCUGGUAUUACUGUAUUUGAAAUCAGCCUUUGUAAAGUAGCUAGUUAAGGCUAAACCCUUAAGCGAAACCUUUUAAAGGUCCACACAGUAAUUAUAUGACCAUAUUGGACUAGAAGUGUCAGCUGACAUGAAACAGUGAAAAAAAUGCAGAAAAUCAGUUUAAGGGUGAAACUAGAAGACUGUCAAGUGUCAACCCACUGACAAUACAGGAAGUAUGAAUCUGCAACACAGACAAUGUAGGAAAUGCAACUGCGUAACACACUGACAAUACAGGUACUGUGGAUACAUGAUUAUUUAGUACUGUAAUACAGUAGUGCACUAUUUUUUUAAAUACAGUAGUGUAUUUAUUUUUCUUGUUUUUUUUUUUAAAGACAUACACGGCAAGGGAUCCAGUAUUGUUGUUUCACUCUCUGCAAAGAAAAGGUUGAAUAAAUGGAUCCAUCCAUCCAUUUUCCACCACUUAAAAUGUUCAGGGGAGCUCGAGCCUAUCCCAGCUAACUGGGUAAAAGGCAGACGACACCCUGAAUUGGUUCCCAUUCAGUCGGAGUGCACAUUGACAUAAUAUACACACUCACAUCCACAAAUAAACGCACAUAAACCGGUACUCACAUUGUGCCCCAUUCACCAACCGUGCAUACGCACUUUUAAUGCACAAACCUGUGAUUUAUCAAUAUGUUCGUACUUCUUUUUGUUUGUUCUCUGCAAACAAAUUUACAAUAUCCUCAGACCAUGCAUACGCACAAAUAAUGCAGGAUUAGCCAUUGUAAAUACUUUAAACACACAUCUUUUAUCCAAGCUGCACAACAUAUUAGAACUGUAGUCCAUCAUAAAAACAAUAAUCAUUUUAACUUUAAAUAGUAGUUUGAAUAUAACAUACUUUUUACUUUUACUUGAGUAUUUAUGUAAGGAAGAAUCGCUACUUUUACUCCAUUACAAUGAUCAAAAUGCCGCUUGCUACUUUUAUUUAUCCUUUAUUACGUGCACAAUCUAUUUAUCGACUUCAUCAGCAAUUUCCGCAUAGGGCGCCUUUGCGGCCAAUCCAAUGUGAUCAUGAGUGUCAUUUAACUCCAAUUCAUCAACCAGACGGCACAAGGCAGUUACAUGACAUGACAGAGAUAUUUCAGCCCUAUUUCUGAUUCAUUAACGUAUGCACAGAAGUGUGAAAAAAAAUUGGCCUGUACUCAUGUGUCAUGAAUCUGACGGUAAUUGUGUGUAUAUGCUCAACUUGUGCACAGAAUGAGAACAUUUCUACACAUUUAUUAGUAAAUGAGCCCGAUAGAGCGGGAACCAGUCCCACUUUGACUGCGUGAAAGGCGACCGUGGGAACCAGUACCAAUGGUCUAAACAUAGUCUUGUAUCUCGUUUGAUGUGCAUCUCGCAUCAGAGUCGCACAAAAAUUAGCAGGGACACAUGAAGCGUAUUCAUUCUGCGUCCAUAGACGCGUGGUUUAAGACCCACCCUACCUAUGUAUGUUGGUGAAGAGCUUCUACACACAGCGAAUUAAAAGUAUGAAUCCUGUCUCGGUGCUAGCCAAUCGGAGGCGCACAGUAGGGCAGGUUAUGGUUCCAUACAAUGGACACGGGAGUUGUCCAUUGUAUGGAAACAUUGUUGUGGUAAACCCACAUUGUUGUGGUAACACCCGCCGCGCCGCUCAUGACGCAAUCAAGCCGCUGGCAGAACGGUGUUCCAUAGAUGCACACAACUGGGACAAAGGGAAAGUUAACUAUUUAUUACAUUCCUAUCCUAAGGGCUAGAACUAAAAAGCUCACUCUACCGCGGCGACAUAGUUAAAACGUCAGUGCUCGGAGUUCUGUGUGUGUACGCCACAUUACACACACACACACACACACGCAAACACUUAUAUGUGGGAAAGUUAACUGUUUAUAAACCAUAACAAUAGCAGUAUCAAUAUUCAGGCAGUGGUUAACUUCAGCGAGCUCAUUUUCAGCAUCAUUUGAUUGACAGGUAAAGGUCUCAUAUCACAAUCCAGUAGCUCGAGGGCGGGCCUUAUUUUACAUUUGAUUUAUCCUUUACUUAAGCAAGUGAAAGCUUAUUGAUGUCAUGGUCUGUGUUUUAGUCUAGAUUCUAUUUAGUUUAGUUUCAUGUUUUUCUGUGGCCCAUGUUGUUCAUGUCUUGUGUGCUCAUUUGGUUAUUGUGGCCACCUGUUCUCAUCAACCCUCUUCCUCGUGUCAACCAAUUUGCUCCCUCCAGCCACUCGUGUCUUGUCCAGGUGUUCCUCGUUGUCUUCUCAAUUUGUUUGUAUUUAAUUCCUUGGUUUCUUUCAGUGCUUGUUGGUUCAUUGGCUAAUGCCAUUUGUCGAAUGUCAUCAGUGGUCUUCGCCCAUGUUUCCAUAUCCCGUCAUGUUAAUUAGGGAGAGAACCACAGUGAAAUUGAGCGACGCAGACGCAAUAAAAUGACGCAGUACAUCACUGAGCUGUCAGACAUGGUCCCUACCUGCAGUGCUCUGGCCCGCAAACCUGACAAAUUAACCAUUCUGCGCAUGGCGGUCUCUCAUAUGAAAUCAAUGCGGGGCACAGGGAACACAUCCACUGACGGGGCCUAUAAACCCUCGUUUCUCACUGAACAGGAACUGAAGCAUCUGAUCUUGGAAGCUGCGGAUGGCUUUCUCUUUGUAGUGGCUGCGGAGACAGGACGCGUAAUCUACGUCUCUGAUUCUGUGACACCAGUGUUGAACCACCCCCAGUCUGAGUGGUUUGGCAGCACUCUGUAUGAACAAGUCCACCCAGACGAUGUUGACAAGCUAAGGGAACAGCUCAGUACCUCAGAAAAUUCCAUGACAGGACGCAUUCUCGACUUGAAGACAGGAACAGUGAAAAAGGAGGGGCAGCAGUCUUCCAUGAGAAUGUGUAUGGGCUCCAGGCGCUCCUUCAUCUGCCGUAUGAGGUGCGGCAGCGCUCCCCUGGAUCACAUCUCACUAAACCGUCUGUCUAAUAUGAGGAAGAGAUACAGGAAUGGCCUCGGACCAUCAAAAGAAGGGGAGGCUCAGUACUCUGUGGUUCAUUGCACUGGCUAUAUCAAAGCUUGGCCCCCUGCAGGUAUGACUGUACCAGAUGAGGACACAGAGGCAGGGCAGACUGGGAAAUACUGCCUUGUGGCCAUUGGAAGACUGCAGGUAACCAGCUCUCCAGUAUCUAUGGAUAUGAAUGGUCUGUCGGUACCCACAGAGUUCUUGUCCCGCCACAAUUCAGAUGGAGUCAUCACUUUUGUCGACCCACGCUGCAUCAACGUUAUUGGUUAUCAGCCUCAGGACCUGUUGGGGAAAGAUAUUCUGGAAUUUUGUCAUCCUGAGGACCAGAGUCACCUGAGAGAAAGUUUUCAACAGGUGGUGAAGCUAAAAGGUCAGGUACUGUCUGUGAUGUACCGUUUCCGCAUGAAAAACAGAGAGUGGAUGUUGAUCCGAACCAGCAGCUUCACCUUCCAGAACCCCUACUCCGAUGAGAUUGAAUAUGUCAUCUGCACCAAUACCAACGUUAAGCAGCUUCAGCAGCAACAGGCAGAGCUAGAGGUUCACCAGAGAGACGGUCUGACUGCUUACGAUCUUUCCCAGGUUCCUGUGGCUAGUGUGAGCAGUGGAGUACAUGAGGCAGGGAAGAGCAUCGACAAACCAGAAGCCCUUUUCUCCCAGGAGAGAGACCCACGCUUUACUGAGAUGUACACCAGCAUCACCGGCUCGGGAGAUAAGAAGAUGAUGGUUCCCUCCUCGACAGCAGGAGGACAGCAGCUCUACUCCCAGAGUUCUCCAUUCCAGCAGGGGCACUCCGGAAAAAGCUUCAGUUCCUCUGUGAUCCAUGUCCCAGGUGUGAAUGACAUUCAACCAUCCAGUUCAUCCAAUCAGAAUCUAGCUCAGAUAUCAAGACAGCUCAACCCAGGUCAAGUCGCUUGGUCAGGAAAUCGACCCCCCUUCUCUGGCCAGUCCAGUAAAGCCCAGUCCAGUCCUUUUGGUAUUGGUACGGGCCACAGCUACCAGACCGAUCCGGCUUCCUACAGUCCUCUGUCAUCCCCAGCCACAUCAUCCCCCAGCGGCAAUGCCUACUCGGGGCUGACAAACCGCAGCACAGCUUUUGACGUGUCAGGAGAGAGCAGCCAGAGCGGAGCUCAGUUCCAGGGUCGACCUAGUGAAGUCUGGUCCCAGUGGCAGAACCAGCAUCACUCCCAGCAGGCUGGAGAGCAGCAUACACACCCCAACCCAAGCCAGACUGAAGUCUUUCAGGACAUGUUACCCAUGGCAGGAGAUCCCACUCAGGGAACAGCCAACUACAACAUUGAGGACUUUGCUGACCUUGGCAUGUUUCCACCGUUCUCCGAGUAACCCCACCAUCUCCUGUCACUCUUCCUUUGCAAGGGAGGAACUGGACUGAUUUGGUUUGCAUUAAUAUCUCAUGUGGUGUCUCAUUUGCUCACAACUGAUGUGCAGCACAUCGAAUGUCAGGGUGCACACAUCAAGCACACAUACUAACAUACAGUCCACUCAUGUUUUGUCUUACCGGUCGGUCUGCAGUAUAUAUCUGUGAAUAUACCUCAUCAUUGAAAGAGUCCUGUUCUCAGAUGGAGACUACUUCAAUCUCUUUGUCUGUCCCAGAAAUGGACACUGUCGCACCAAAUAAAUGCAAAUGAAGUCUGCUGAGACAAGAAAUACAAAGCAUCGGUAUUACCAGAGGAGGUCAGCUGUUUGAUCUUAGCACAUAUAUACUUUUAAGGGACCUUUUACUCCACAGAUGUGGGGGGAAAUAAUUUUUACACCACCAUUUAUAGAAAAAUAUGUUGUCUCAAAAUUGCUGGCCUUUACAGCAUCUGCUGAUGGACCCAAUGCUGCAGUCUCUGCUGAGGAUUAGGCUUAAUACUAACAGUUUAAUUGCAUUUUUGAAUGCAUUUUCAAUUUAUCAUAUGCAUAACAGGCACAGCAUACUGAUCGUGUGGCAUAAUGACGGAUAAGAUGUGUACAGUAAUGACUCGUUUAUCGCUGGUUUUACAUUCCAGAUCACCCCUCAAUAAGCAAAAGCAGCAAAGUAUCAAAACAAAUAUUUAUGGUGUUAUUUAUCGAUAUUGUAAAGUUUUGUGCAUACACUUCAUCACCAACAAACAAUACAGUAUAUGCAUGUGAGUUCCAUCCAUCCAUUGAUCCAUUUUCUACCGCUUUCUAUCGCGGGGGCAGUAGCUUUAGCUGGGACGCCCAGACUUCCCUCUCCCCAGCCACUUCAUCCUUCUCUUCUGGGGAGAUCCCGAGGCGUUCCCAGACAAGCUGAAAGAUGUAGUCUCUCCAGCGUGUCCUUGGUCGUCCCCGGGGUUUCCUCCCGAUGAGAAAUGCCCGGAACACCUCACCAGGGAGCUGUCCGUGAGGCAUCCGAAUCAGAUGCCCCAGCCACCUCAUCUGGCUCCUCUCGAUGUGGAGGAGCAGCGGGUCUACUCUGAGAUCCUCCCGGAUGACCGAGCUUGUCACCCUCUUAAGGGAGAGCCCGGACACCCUACGGAGGAAACUCAUUUCGGCCGCUUGUAUCCGGGAUCUUGUUCUUUCGGUCACAACCCACAGCUCGUGACCAUAGGUGAGGGUAGGAACGUAGAUCGACCGGUAAAUCGAGAGCUUCGCCUUUCGGCUUAGCUCCUUCUUUACCACAACGGAUCGAUAAAAAGUCUGCAUCACUGCAGACGCUGCACCGAUCCGCCUGUCGAUCCCCCGUUCCAUUCUUCCCUCACUCGUGAACAAGACCCCAAGAUACUUGAACUCGUCCACUUGGGGCAGGAGCUCAUCCCCGACCUGGAGAGGGCAUGUCACCCUUUUCAGACUGAGGACCAUGGUCUCAGAUUUGGAGGUGCUGAUUCUCAUCCCAGGCGCUUCACACUUGGCUGCGAACUGCUCCAGUGAGAGUUGGAGAUCACGGCUUGAUGAAGCUAACAGAACCACAUCAUCUGCAAAAAGCAGAGAUACAAUACUGAGGCCACCAAACCGGACCCCCUCUACGCCUCGACUGCGCCUUGAAAUUCUGUCCAUAAAAGUUAUGAAAAGAAUCGGUGACAAAGGGCAGCCUUGGCGGAGUCCAACCCUCAGCGGAAACGAGUCCAACUUACUGCCGGAUAUGCGGACCAAUCUCUUGACUCCAGUCGUACAGGGACCGAACAGCCGGUAUCAGGUGGUCCGGUAGCCCAUACUCCCGAAGCACCCUCCACAGGACUCCCCGAGGGACACGGUCGAACGCCUUCUCCAAGUCCACAAAACACAUUAGACUGGUUGGGCGAACUCCCAUGCACCCUCGAGGACCCUGGGUUCAAAUCCCGGCCCAACCUGUGUGGAGUUUGCAUGUUCUCCCCGUGCCUGCGUGGGUUUUCUCCCGGUACUCCGGUUUCCUCCCACAUCCCAAAAACAUGUGUGGGAGGUUGACUGAAGACUCUGAAUUGCCCGUAGGUGUGAAUGUGAGUGCAAAUGGUUGUUUGUUUAUAUGUGCCCUGCGAUUGGCUGGCGACCAGUGCAGGGUGUACCCCGCCUCUCGCCCGAAGAUAGCUGGGAUAGGCUCCAGCACGCCCACGACCCUAAUGAGGAUAAGCAGUACAGAAAAUGGAUGGAUGUAAAUAUACAUGUCAGUGGUGAUACGGUUUACCUUCACUGGACACCACUGAUCUAUAUUGACUGCUAUGAGAUCAGAAACACCUGCGAUAACGCUUAUAAUAGGCUCUUCUACGUCCACUGCUCUAAAAAGAAAUGGUUUCAAUAUGUUAAAGGACUUCAAAAAGUAUGAAAAAUAGUCAAUAAUCACCAGGUCAUUUUUUCAUCAGCUGGAUAUCUGUUCAUAAAAUGAUUAUUUAUCUGUUCAUAAUAUAGGUAUUUAUAUGUUAAUAACUAGGUUAUCUAUGCAUAAACUGAUUAUCUCUAUGCAGUAAUCCCACACUCCAUCGCAGGAGUUACUUUCCAGUCCACCCUGCAUGUUUUCAUAGCAUUUGCGGCACUUACAUUUUUUGGAAGGUCUUCAAAUACGUUGAAAACAAUACCAACACAUAAGAGAGCGAGAGCAAUGGAUAACAACAGAGUAACACCUGUAAUAACACUUCACAAAAAAAAAUCUGCAAUAUAGCUAGACUGAUAUAGCGGGGGAUUACUGUAUCUGUAACAUAACUCCUGGUGGAUUCUGUGCCGACAGUGGAUAUAAAAAAAAAAGUCUACACAAAGCCUUGUUCAUAUGCCAGUUUUUUUGUUUAAAAAAAAAAGAAAUGAGACCAAGAUAAUUUCAAAACCUUUUCACCAUUAUAUACAACCUGUACAACUCAAUUGAACAUUUUCUUUUUAGAGGGGAAGUAAAAAUAAACAACUCAGAUAAUGUGGGUGCACAUGGUCUCUUCGCAAUGAUUAAGUCAUUGUAAAGUGCGCAAAGAACUCUGAAAUUUGCAUGCAGCAUUUUCUUUGUUGGUUUGUGUUGGCCUCAGGUCAAGCAUCCAUUCUCGUUAUGGAAAACGUUAAGGCAGAAAAUGAUCAAUCUCCUCCGGUAACUGCGAUGACAUGUAUUAUAGAGAGAGACAAAGAGUGAUGAACAGGAUGUGAUUGUUAAAAAGUACACCUCCAUCUGCCUCAUGGAGCCCCUUGUACACCAUCACUGACUCUUGUCAGACAGAAGCAGGAGCGAUGGUGCUCAUCAUCACCUCAUCAACCUUACUUUGUAAAGUUCAGCUUUGUGUAGUGAUGUCCAUAACUCCAGUAAAAAAAAAAUAAUAAUAAUAAUUAAAAACUGGUUAUAGAAGGAUUCUGUGUGUAAAUUAAACAGAUUUAAGAGGAAAACCUGUAAUGGCAGGCAGUUACUCAGCUAAGGCAUAAAGUGCACUUCAUAACUGCUAAUCUCACCAGCCUGCUUUAAAAGGGAAAACCGCAAUACUGUCCAAGCAAUUACAGUGUUUAGUUGUGUAUUUACUGUUCUUCAUCUUUCACUACUUGACUUACUUACUUUAUAAUCUUUUUGGAGUGUUAAGACUUAAUAGUACUUUGUAGUGUGGGAGCUUUUACAUGAUUGAUUGUAUGAUGUGGCUGACGGACAGAUGGGAGAACACACAUACACACACACACACACACAUCAAUAUUUUUGCUUGAGCUCCCGAAUCAACACUUUUUGUAAAUAAUGUGAUUUUUAUGUCUUGGUGUUAUUUUCACACUGUUAAUUGUUUCAUGUGUUUCAUGUGCAUUCUUAAUAAUGUUGUGUGCAAUGUGAGUAAAUAUUUAACUAUUGGUAUUUAGUUAGUUAGUUGUACAUUGAGUUCUAGACCUGUAUAAACUGUAAAUGUGUCCUAUUAUUUUUGUGUAACACCGUGAAUUGUGACAAUAAAUUCUUAUUGGUUA